AUGGAAAACUUGCAUCCAGCAAAAGAAAUUAUUUUGAAAAUAGUAUCAGAGAUUCAAAGACAUCAUGAUUUUAUUGAUUACAUGAAUUCAAAUACUUAGAAAGAUAAAAAGAAUUAAUUGUUGAAGCAGUAUUACAAAAAUGAACCAAAUAAUUCAAUAACCCAAAAUAUAAUUAGAGUGGUUGAAUUAUAAAACGAAUAUAUUGCAAUGAAAUAGCAUUUUUAUCAUAUUUUAGUACAUAAAUAAAAUGUUCCUAAUUUAUGUGGAUAUCAUGCUACAUAUAAUUUAAUACAAUGUGUAUAAAGUAUUAAAUAUAAGUAUGAAUAUAAUUCUAUUAUUUAUAGGAUUCCACCUUAAUUUUAUGAUAUAGCAGCAUUUUGGACUUAUGUCAAAAGAACAUAAGAAUUCUUAAAGUAAUAUCGUAGUAAAUACUAAAUGGAUUCAACAACAUGGCCAUGGAGAGAUUCUGAUAUAGAAAAUGGUGAUUUUGAAAGGACUUAUUUGAAAAGUUGUUUACAUGCUAAACCUCUUUUUAAAACAACAUUUUAGAAUGAAAUAAUUUAAGACAUCAAAUAUACAGUUACAAACGAUACUAUUUUUUUUUAAUAUGGCAAUAUAGUAAAUGGAUAUAAUGAGAGAUUAGUUCUUUAAAAGUAUUAAUAAUAAAAUCUUAACUUAGAAAAUUUGAUUAAUUCAAGGAUUUCCAAUCUUCAAAGAAUGAAGAAUUAAUACAAACAUAUAUGUUAGGAGUAACAAAUCAUUGGAUUUGUUUUGUAGCUCAUAAGAAUAUAUAAGGAACUUAAUUUAUAGUAAUGGAUUCUAGAAAUAGAGAUUUCUUUUUAUGGAAUGAAUAAUAAAUUAGAGAUUUCCUAUAAUAGGAUUAAUUGGCAAGACCAUAGAGAGGGUAGUAGCCACUAAAUUAAUUUUAUUUAGACCUUUAUGAAUAAGGAAUGAAAGAUUUGUAAUAGAUUAUUACACUUUUGAUCUCUUGGAUUACAGGUUAAACUAAAUUAGAAUCAUAUGUUAGCAAUUAAAAAAUUAGAGUGUUUUUAAAUCCAUUGAUAGAAUUACUAGAAAUCUCAUAGAAUGAAUAUCUAAAUCUAAAAUUUUGUAUUGAGAAUGCUGCAAAUCUAUAUUAAAUUUUGGCAUUGUGGGCUGAUCAAUACAGAAUAACAGUAAGUGAAUUUAUAGGAAAUGCAACAGAUAUCUCAUAGAUUAAUAAGACUUUAUUUUUGAAAGCAUUAGAAUUAGCAUAAAAUGCACUUGAAUUUUAAACAAAGAAUGGAUUAUGGAAUUAGUAAAAGCAAUCUCCAUUACAUAAUAUCAUAAAAUGUUUAAAAAUAAUAAACUAAUCUAUCUGA